AUGACCAAGAAACGACCACCAAGCCCAAAUCUCAUCCCCAACCCAUUCAUCAAGAAGAAAAACCUUGAAUGGACACUAGAUUCUCCAUCUACUACCCAAACUGCUCAUUCCUCUCUCAUCCCUCUCCCACCACCCACCACGGCCGACAUCGAGUCAGGAUCAACCACCAUAGAUGACCACCUCUCUCAUUUCCAAGCUCACCUUUCCAAACAUGUUAUAACACCAUCGCCACUGCUUUCUAUCCAAUCGUAUGCCUCACUCUACUCUAGCAACAUAGGCAACCCCGAGGGCGCUCACUUUGUCAUCCAUCAACAUGACCACCCCAUCGCUGGCACGCAUUAUGAUCUCCGACUCCAGAUCAAUGAGACGAGCAGCGCCAGCUGGGCCAUCAUGUACGGCCUCCCAGGUGAUCCAAACAGUACCAGACUGAAUCGAAAUGCCACCGAGACACGGAUUCAUUGUCUUUGGGCUCAUUACUUAUAUGGGACACUGGAACAUACACUAUACUCCCCCGGAGGAGCAAGCACUCACCGUCAUCCGAUCCCUCAUCACCACCAUCAUCACCAGAUCCACCACCCGAAGCAACCCCACAAGCUCUCUUACACGCCGCCUUUCAAAGACGCAAGAUCCGCAUCCGCCUGCACGGCUCUCGCUUACCGGACCCUUACGUUCUUAACCUCCGCCUCACCAAAUCAGAGGACGCUGCUGGGAGAGCGAAAAGUGGACGAGCGUCUCGAACUAAACGCCGUCGUCGGGGUAGAGGCGCUCCGCAGCCACACCGCAAACGCAGAGAAGCUGUCUGCGAUGGAACGUGAGAUCCGGGAGCUUGAGGAUGAGCAAGUUCGUUUAACAAACGCCUACCCAGGGGCUUCCAAUACCAUUGGCAGCGUCCACCAGCGUCGAUGUGUUGUGACGGGGCAGCGAGGUGCUGACAUUCUCAAGGACGAGGGGGUGAAUAAUUUUGUGCAACGAAAAGGUUGGAAACCUGUGCUGAACUGA